AUGGAUCUUCGCGUCGACAUCGUCGAGACGAGGCUCUGCCUGGACCAUCGCAGGAGGCCACCAGGUAAGUUCCCCCUCAGGUAAGUGCAUUUGCUCUGUUUCUUCCUUUUGUCUGUUGAAGUUCCGUGUCGUAUGCUGCUCUUGCUGCCUGCCCUCUGUAUGCUAGUCUGUCUGUUAUUAUCUAGAUGAAACUCUUGAUACCUGCUGCGAUUGUCUGUCCGCCAGUCUAUGCCACUCUCUACUAAUAGCUAGAUGUUACGGUGCUUGACUUUGUGUUGUGCCCUCACUUUGUCUCUGACUGAUGACUGUGUCCGCCUGUCCACUCUAGUUCUAAGUCCCAUAGCGUUAGGUAGUGUGUAUGCUCUCUCCUACUUCCCUCCAUCACAUCAUCACCACCACCAAGGUCCCAGGCUAAUUCGGGUCGUUCUCUCACUAACAAAAAGUCGUGGCCCAUAGUGGAGUCCGGCAGCCGUCUGGGAUAACCGGGCAGCCCUGUUCAGGGAUGCGUUGCCUGCCCCCGCGAGGGGGAGGGGGCUAGAAAAGGUGCCCUAAAGAUCGCUGGGAACCACGCUGUCUGUAGGCUGGCCGUGGCCGCAGACAAAAAACACACGGUCGAAACAGCCAAAACCGAAACAACAACAACAACAAUCACUCUCUUCCUCUUCCAGCCUAUUCCUCUUCUUCUCCUACUCCUACUUUUCGCCGCCGCAGUCGCCAGACUGGCAGGGUGAGCCCGCUCACUCUGGCAGCCUGGAAUUUUCGUUCCCUUUUAGACAAUCCGAGGAGCAACCGACCGGGACGGAGGACGGCGCUAGUGGCACGAGAACUGGCGCGCUACAAGGUGGACAUCGCCGCACUCAGCGAGACCCGAUUCUCCGAACAAGGCCAACUGGAGGAGGUGGGUGCCGGCUACACCUUCUUCUGGAGUGGUCGACCCAGGGCAGAGCGACGAGACGCGGGUGUCGCCUUUGCCAUCCGGACCGACAUCGUGGGACGACUGCCCUGUCUACCGCAGGGAAUCAACGAUCGCCUGAUGAGUCUACGCCUGCCUCUCCGGCGAGGAGGCAAAUUCGCCACCAUCAUCAGCGCCUACGCUCCGCCGAUGAGCAGCCUCGACGCCGCCGCAAGAGACAAGUUCUACGAGGACCUGCACGCCCUCUUGGCGACUGUGUCGAAGGCGGACAAGUUGAUUGUCCUUGGUGACUUCAACGCCCGCGUCGGCACAGACCAUACUGCCUGGAGAGGAGUGCUGGGCCCCCACGGUCUCCGCGGCUCCAACGACAAUGGUCUGCUGCUCCUCCGCACCUGCGCAGAACACCGCCUCAUCCUGACUAACACGCUCUUCUGUCUGCCGGAGCGAGAGAAGGCCACCUGGAGGCAUCCUCGGUCGCGCCAGUGGCACCUGCUGGACUAUGUCCUCGUCCGGAGGCGAGAUCAGCGGGACGUGCUGGUGACGAAGGCGAUCGCGGGUGCUGACGGGUGGACCGACCAUCGCCUCGUCAUCUCGAAGAUGCGUGUUCGCCUACAGCCUCGCAGGAGACCACAAGGUAAGCGACCCCCAGGUAAGCUGAAUGUUGCUUUGUUGUCUUUGCCCGCUCAUCAUCUCCAUUUAAAAAACGAGCUAGCUCAACGGCUAGACAACCUCCCCCAUCGCCGAUGCCGCCGCUGCCGAGAACGCCUCCGUGGAGAACCGCUGGUGUCAACUGCGAGACACGGCCCAGUCGACGGCGCUCGCCGUCCUUGGUCGCGCUCCCCGCCAACACCAGGACUGGUUCGACGACAACGACGCCGCCAUCAGAAAUCUGCUUGCUGAGAAGAACCGCCUACACAAAGCCUACGUAGAUCACCCCACUGAGGACAACAAAGCUGCCUUCUACCGCAGUCGCCGACAGCUUCAGCAACGACUGCGCGAGAUGCAGGACGCCUGGACUGCUCGCAAAGCUGAGGAGAUCCAAGGCUACGCGGACCGCAAGGAAUGGAAGAACUUCUUCUCCGCGAUCAAAGCUGUCUGCGGUCCGCCGACGAAGGACACUGCUCCUCUCCUCAGCGCCGACUGCAGCACUCUCCUGACUGAGAAGACGCAAAUCCUACAGCGAUGGGCCGAGCAUUUCCAGGGCUUCCUCAAACGCCCUUCCGCCAUCUCCGACGCCGCCAUCGCGCGUUUGCCGCAAGUCGAGACCAACGCGGACCUCGACCGCCCGCCAUCUCUCCAGGAGACCAUCAGGGCCGUGCAGCAACUCUCCAGCGGGAAAGCACCCGGAUCGGACGCAACCCCUGCUGAGGUCUACAAGCACGGAGGUCCCCAACUCAUGGAUCACCUGACUGCGCUCUUCCAGGAGAUGUGGCGUCAAGGUGAAGUCCCGCAAGAUUUCAAGGACGCAACUAUCAUGCACCUAUACAAGCGAAAAGGGAAUCGCCAAGUCUACGACAACCACCGCGGCAUCUCCCUACUGAACAUCGCCGGGAAGAUCUUCGCUCGCAUCCUGCUCAACCGGCUCAACAACCAUCUGGAACAGGGCCUUCUGCCGGAGAGCCAAUGCGGCUUCCCUCGUCAUCGUGGGACCACGGAUAUGAUCUUCGCAGCCCGCCAACUUCAGGAGAAUUGCCAGGAGAUGCGGACCCACCUGUACUCUACCUUCGUGGACCUGACGAAAGCCUUCGACACGGUGAAUCGUGAAGGACUGUGGAAGAUCAUGCAGAAAUUCGGCUGUCCGGAGCGAUUCACUCAGAUGGUGCGUCAGCUGCACGACGGUAUGAUGGCGCGAGUCACGGACAACGGAGCUGUCUCAGAGGCAUUCGCAGUGACCAACGGAGUGAAGCAGGACUGUGUGCUGGCGCCUACCCUCUUCAGUCUUAUGUUCUCUGCCAUGCUGACGGACGCCUACCGCGACGACCGCCCUGGAAUCCGCAUCGCCUACAGAACUGACGGUCAUCUCCUGAAUCACCGGCGCAUGAACUUCCAAUCGCGCGUAUCCACAGCCACCAUUCACAAACUCCUCUUCGCCGACGACUGCGCCCUGAACACCACCUCCGAAGCGGAGAUGCAACGCAGCAUGGACCUGUUCUCCGCCGCCUGCGAGAACUUUGGGCUGGUUAUCAACACGCAGGAGACGGUGGUGAUGCACCAACCUCCGCCCAACUCAGCCACAGCCCCCAACGCGCCGCACAUCAACGUGAAUGGGACCCAACUGCAAGUGGUAGAGAACUUCCCGUACCUGGGAAGUACCCUAUCUCGCAACACAAAGAUCGAUGACGAAGUCUCCAACAGAAGCUCGAAAGCCAGUCAAGCUUUUGGACGCCUCCGAAGCACAGUCUGGAAUCGCCACGGUCUCCAACUGAGCACAAAGCUGAAGAUGUACAAGGCCGUCAUCCUGUCGACGCUGCUGUACGGAGCGGAGACUUGGACGGUGUACACAAAGCAGGCACGUCGACUGAACCACUUCCACCUCAGUUGUCUCCGUCGCAUCCUGAGGCUGAACUGGCAGGACCGCAUCCCCGACACCGAAGUACUGGAACGAACGGGAAUCCUGAGCAUCUACUCCAUAUUGAGACAAAUGCAGCUGCGCUGGAGCGGCCAUCUGGUGCGCAUGGACGACGAGCGACUACCCAAACGACUCUUCUAUGGAGACGUCGCGACGGGUUCUCGUCGUCAAGGAGGCCGAAUUCGCCGUUACAAAGAUACCCUGAAGUCCUCCCUGAAGCGCCUGCAAAUCAACCCGACCAACUGGGAAGAGCUCGCUCGCGAUCGUCCGACAUGGAGGAGAACAGUGAAGACGGGCGCUGCUAUCUACGAAGCCAACCGCAUCGCCGCCGCCAAAGUGAAACGCGAAGCCCGCAAAUCACAAUCUCGCCCAGUACGCAACGCCGCCGCACAACCGCUCCCUACGUGUCCUCGAUGUCAACGGACAUUCCGGGCACGAAUCGGACUUGUUGGACAUCUUCGGAUCAACUGCACCUCUCGAACUGCUCCAGCCAUCGUCCCCCCGCCCGCCUCCUCCUCGUCCUCUCUGCCGCCAACCAACUCUGACACUCCUUCUGCACCACCACUUCCAUCCUCCUCCUUCUCCUCCACUGCCCCAGCGGCGGCCGUUCAGACUGCCGUCUCACACAUCACCAACCCCGACACAAUAACCGCCACCACCCCCACCUCUCCCGAUUCCAGUGAUGAGGAUCAAGACUACACAUGCCCUCACUGCGACCGCACCUUCACCUCUCGCAUCGGCCUGGUCGGUCACUUGCGAAUCCAUCGCACAGAGACUGGUGAAGCAGUGCCUGGAGCACCAACCUACACCCACCGCACUCGCCUCCACUGCCCACAAUGUCCUGGCACCUUCACUCACCGCAUGGGCCUGUUCGGCCACAUGCGCAUCCACGAGAGCGGAAUUGACCGCAGCGUUGACACACCCACCCCGCCGAGCCCCACUCCCAAUCCAUCACCUUGUGCACCCACUAACCACUCCCCAGCCGACAUCGACGCCACCGACCUUACCACCCCUCACUCCUCCCCUUCCUCCUCCUCUUCCUCCUUCACUGCCUCAACGACGGCCGCUUCGGCGUCUGUCGCCCACGACUUCACCACAGCCGAACCUGACACAACAACAGGCACAACCCCUGCAACCUCCAUCAUCAGACGUGAGGGCCAGGACUACAUCUGCCCUCACUGCGAUUGCACCUUCACUUCACGCAUCGGCCUGGUCGGUCACUUGCGAAAACAUCGCACAGAGACCGGCGAACCAGUGCCUGGAGCACCAACCUACACCCAGCGCACUCGCCUCCACUGCCCACACUGCCCUCGCACCUUCACGCAUCGCAUGAGUCUAUUCGGCCACAUGCGGAUCCACGAGAGCAGAAUUGACCAAAAUUCCGAUACACCAACAGCGCGCGUCAUGCCCAGCACCACCCUCGCACUAUCCGUCUGCACCACCACCAACGCCUCCUCUGUAGCUGACGCUGACAACGCCGCCUCCACAUUCCCACACUGUCCAUGCAUAUUCACCUCACGCAUCGGCCUGGUCGGUCACUUGCGAAUCCAUCGCGCAGAGACUGGCGAACCAGUGCCUGGAGCACCGACCUACACUCACCAAGCUCGACUCAACUUCCCACACUGUCCUCGCACUUUCAGGGAUCGUAUGGGCCUAUUCGGCCACAUGCGCAUCCACGGCGACCUGCGGUAG